CUUUUACGUGUGACGCAUGCGCAGUUCAUAAAUUCCUCUAUCUUCGUCGUCGUCUUGGUGAAUUGAAAGACGCGUUUACCGUGCAACGUCUGCUAUCGAAUUUUGUCGUUUCUUUCAUUUUACAAGGGAAAAUAACAUUGCGCAUUCUGUGUGAAGAUGGCAGCACAAAACAUAAAAGAUGGAGAGUAUACAGCAACAGUAUAUACGAUGAUCAAAGAAGGGAAGUAUAUAGAUGCUAUCCACAUCCUCUCUCAGGAAUUACAGAAUCAUCCAAGGUCCCGUGCAGCUCUGUCUUUGCUGGGCUAUUGCUAUUUUCAUGUCCAAGACUAUGCCAAUGCAGCUGAAUGCUAUGAGCAGCUGAGUCAGUUUUUCCCAGAGGUUGAUAACUACCGGCUGUACUACGCCCAGGCCCUCUAUCAUGCCUGUGCCUAUCCGGAGGCCAUGAAGGCCACGUUUCAAGUGGAAAACCAGGAGUACCAGCCUAAGAUCACCAAGCUACAAGCUGCUAUAAAGUAUGGAGAAGAAGAUCUGCCGGGAGCUAAGAGUCUUGUUGAGCAGUGUCCUAGCGAUGACCCCGACACAGAGGUUAACCUUGGUUGUCUACUCUUCAAAGAAGGUCGCUAUGAGCAAGCAUGUCAGAAGUUUACUGCAGCCAUGCAGAUACUUGGUUAUAGAGCUGAUUUGGCAUACAAUAUUGCCCUGUGUUACUACAGUAUGAAGCAGUAUGCUCCAGCCCUCCGUAACAUUGCAGAGAUCAUUGAACGCGGUAUACGAGAACAUCCAGAGUUGAGUGUGGGAAUGACCACUGAAGGUAUUGAUGUACGUAGUGUUGGCAACACCCUGGUACUACACGAGACCGCUCUCAUAGAAGCUUUCAAUCUCAAGGCUGCUAUUGAGUACCAACUUAAGAACCUGGAUGCAUCCCAAGAAGCACUGACAGAUAUGCCACCGAGAGCAGAAGAGGAGCUUGACCCUGUAACCUUACACAACCAGGCCCUCAUGAACAUGGAAGCUCAACCAACACAAGGAUUUGAAAAACUUCAAUUCCUUCUUCAGCAAAACCCAUUCCCACCAGAGACAUUCGGCAACUUGCUUCUUCUUUAUGUGAAGUAUGAGUACUAUGACCUGGCUGCUGAUGUACUAGCCGAGAAUGCUCAUCUGACCUUCAAAUACCUCACUCAAUACCUCUAUGAUUUCCUGGACGCUGUCAUCACCAUGCAAACAUCCAAGGAAGAGGCGUAUCGCAAGCUAGACGAGAUGGCAACGAAACACACCGAACAGCUGCGUAAGCUCACCAAACAGGUUCAGGAAUCUCGCCAGGUGAGGGACGAUGAUUCCGUCAAGAAGACUGUCAUAGAGUAUGAUGAAGGGUUGGAGAGAUACAUCCCAGUUCUAAUGCAGCAAGCGAAGAUCUACUGGGAUAUGGAGAACUAUACUCAGGUGGAGAAGAUCUUCCGCAAGUCUGUGGAGUUCUGCAACGAGCACGAGAUCUGGAAGCUCAAUGUCUCCCAUGUACUCUUCAUGCAAGGCAAGUACAAGGAGGCCAUUGGAUUCUAUGAGCCAAUCGUCAAGAAGAACUACGACAAUAUACUGAGUGUGAGUGCAAUUGUUCUCGCCAACAUCUGCGUCUCCUACAUCAUGAACACAACAAAUGAAGAGGCUGAAGAGCUGAUGAGGAAGAUAGAGAAAGAGGAAGAGCAGAUAGCUUAUGAUGAACCUGAUAAGAAGAUCUACCAUCUUUGUAUCGUAAACCUUGUGAUAGGAACCCUGUACUGUGCCAAGGGAAACUAUGAGUUUGGCAUCUCAAGGGUUAUGAAGAGCUUGGAACCUUACCAGAAGAAGUUGGGUACAGACACCUGGUUCUAUGCCAAGCGUUGUUUCCUGAGUCUCCUAGAGAACAUGGCCAAGCAUAUGAUCAUGUUGAGGGAUGCUGUCAUUGAGGAAUGCAUUCACUUCCUGGAACACUGUGAAGUGUAUGGAAGAGAUGUAGUGGCAAUUGUUGAGCAGCCCCUUGAGGAAGACCCUCUACAUGAAGGAAAGAACACGGUCACAUAUGAGGCAAGGCUUCUCAAACACUUACUUCAAGAGGUCAUUUAGAUUAGAAUGUCAAGGUGGUGUUUCGUAAAGCUAUUUAUGAAAUACGAACGACUUUACACACGACUUUCUUGGGUGCUGAAUCAGAUUAUCGAUUGUUUUGAUUGCAAUCAUCUUCAGUUGAAAUCCUAUCUUCCCAGAAUUCAGAUCGUUGUCAGCAAACAUGUGAAUGCAGCAAAAUUUACCUGUCAAAGAGCGCAAUGCACUCUUCUGGGGCCUGGUGGAACAAAUUGAACCUGAUAUGGGGGAUUUCCCUGCUUGUAAAAGAGCGAUUUGACUGAUUAAGAUGACAGAGAUUUUAUUCUUUGUUGAAAUACCAGGGGCCCGUCUUACAAAGAGUUACGAUUGAUCCGAUCAGUCGCAACUAUGGAAAGCCAGCAAAGUCAACAUAUAAAAUGCAUGUUCAAAAGUUUUUCUAGUUAUGAAUGUAUAUCCAUAAAUUCAUUGACUUCUUGACAACUUGGUGUGUUCUCCUUUGUUUACAAAGGACAUUUUGCAAAUUUCCUGUAGAAAUAAUUAUGACACUGAUGGAUUUCCAUAUAUUUACGAUUAAUUGGAUCAAUCGUAACACUUUGUAAGACGGGGUCCAGGGGAAGCUAGGAAUGUCACUGGUUGUUCAUGAGAUGUUCAUGAGUGGUUAAAAGGGGAUCAACCUGACCAACAUUGUGUAUGGUCUCUCAUCGACUUGUUUGUUAUGGAUAGCUACUCUUAAACUGUACCCUUUGAGAUAACUAUUCAUACAGAAAAUAAAUUAUCCUAAAAUUUUAUCUGUAAAGAGAGGUUUACUGAUAUUCUUGCAUUAUACUAACAGCAUAUAAGGUCAGUAAUGUUCACUUAGGUAUAUUGUACAUCUAGUGAAUGACUUCUGUUAUUAUAAUUGAGUAUAUGAUUAUUGAUAUAAGAUGAACAUGAUUUUGAAAUGUUACCAUAAAUCACAGGUUUGAUGAUAAAAGCUCACAGAGGUCUGGCUGAUUUUGAUAUGUAUGAAAAAGGUAAUUUAAAUGUAUUAUUUUAAUUGGACAAACGGCCAUUAAAGAAGGAAGUAAAGAAUUAUUGAUAUCCAAACAUUUAAUAUUUGGGACUUUUCAAUGCAUAUUCACUAAUGGACUGCUAUGUUAGUGCAUCAUAUAUGUUUUGUGUUUGCAGCGUACAUCUAUAUAUUUUGACCAAAAUAAUUUCCAUUGUGAACAAUUCAAUCAUAAUCCUGAUAUUUUUUAUAGCAGUUGGAAUGUGUUCUAUCAAAUGGGGUUAUUCUUCACUUAUUUUGGGGUUAAAUUUUAAUGAAAUUCUUAAAAAGUAUGUUAAAUGUGUGUAGAUGUACUAAAUUAGUGAUCAGGGUCCUGUAACACAAAGGUUAGCGAUUAAUCAUAAGUUUGAUUUUCACGAUUAGUUGUACAUCAAUCGUAGAAACAUUUUCACCAAUUUUGUAAAUUUUGUCUUAGUGGAUUAGAAAAAUGUAAAACAAAAGAAAAGAAUGUUCUUAAUCCAUUUAUUUUAUAGAGCUUUAAAAUACACUACCUUGAAUCGUUAUAUUAUUGAUAUAUCAUGGAUAUAUGGAAUAAAUAUACAAAGCCACAAUGCAAUACAGAUGGUAGCAGUUUCCUUUCAGUUUGUCCGAUUCAAGAUAUGAAUAGUUGAAAAUACAUCUUAAGAAAAUUUUAAACAAAAUUUAAGUUAAUUGAUUAAUGAUAUUGUCCAUAAUUGUGAGGGGGGGGGGUGUAAUAGAGAAGGAGAAAUAAUGGCAGCAGGAGAUAUAGGGAGGAGAAAACUGGGCAGAAGGGAUUAUUUAAUCAUAUUAUUCAAAUAGUAACCAAAACAUUUGGGAACAUGCAAAAUAAUAUAUCAUUGUAAGAAGCUCACUGACCUUAAUUGUUGAUAUAAAACGAACAUGAUAAUAAUCAAGUUCAUUAUUAACAUAAUAUUUUUCUGUGUUGCAUUCCUCAGUCUAUGCAGAAUGAAUAAUACUCGAUGCAGUACAUGUAGUUUGAUUUGAUUUGAUUUCCACAUUUCAUUCGCAAAGUACUAGUAUAAUCAGUUUUUAGCAUUUAAUAACAAUAAACGUAAUGAAAAUGUAAUAAAAUAGUUGUACUGUUCUAAGCAAGAUAUAAAUUAUACAUGGAAAAUUUCAUCUUAAAAAAAUGUUGAAACAUGUCUGAAACAAUACAUAUAAUAUCGUUAAUUGAAAUGUUGGAGACCGCCAUUUUAAGCUUGGAGCCUCUAAAGGAAAGGUGAGAGAAAACCAGACUAUAUACAGCGCAAUGGUUCACUGUUAUUACUUCACAAUGCUUAUGUCGCUAUUCUUACAUAGAUUUAAUUUCAUUUGAACUUUGCAAUAUUUUCCAUGAUAAAAGUUUUAAUGUAUGUUGCAAAAUAAUGAGUAUGACAUUGGCUCUUCUUUUGUCAUACAUGCAUUGCAUCACAUUUCAUUUAUGAAAAUUGCACUUGUCUACGAUUAUUGAAAUAUUUGCAAGCUCAAUGCAAAACAUCUACUCUGCCAGUCCAAGGCACCCAAUAAAUUUUACAUCUUUCAAAUAUGUAUUCACUCUGAAAACAAAUUCGACCCGAAAUCGGGUAAAAAGGUAAUGUGCAUAUUUGAUGGGUAAUGCACCAAGUCCUGUGUAGAAUUUUCAAAAGUUGUUCAGAUUGUAUUCAAGGUUUAUACAUUUCAAAAACUUACAUGUAUACAAUAAUGUUACAUAUACUGAGGCCAAGGGCUGAAAGGUAUGUGUUUACAAAUUACAUGGGUACAUACAUAAACAAGAUGACAAGAAUUAAAAAAAACACUGACAUGCAUUUUCAACAAAAGGCCGCAUCAGUGGCACUAUGGAGUUGUCCCCAUCCUCAUUGCCCUGUGAAGAAGGUCCGGGGGGGGGGGGGUGGAUUUCUGGGGGUGAAGCACACCAUUAAGAUUUGUCAAGGGGGUGUUGCAUAUGUUAUAUAUACCAUAUGCAACACCUCUUGGAAAUCAGGUUGGUGUAAUUCUACUACUACUAAUAAUUGUAUGUAAUAUGCAUGUAUAUAGCGCCAUUUAUUUAGAAAUGAUCUAUUCUGAGCGCGCAUUGUUAGCUCGAGCUGCCUUUCAACCAUUCAAUAAAUUAAUCCUGUCGGGUACCCAUUAUCACCUCACCUGGGUUGAGUGCAGCACAAUGUGGGAUAAUUUCUUGCUGAAGGAAAACACGCCUCUUCAAAAAUCUUUCCCAGGCCCCUGCCUCCGCUUCUACGCUUCUUCUCUUUCACUCUUCCGUUUAAAGUAGCCUAUUUUAUGGCUUUGCUUGCCUAGUGCAUCAAACGUGAUCAAGCUAAAUAACAUUUCGUCAAUGUGUGUUUUUAUUGGUAACAAAACUUAAAGAGAAAAGAAAGGGGUAUCACUGAAUUUUUAAUGCUGUAUCUAAUAUCUAUAAAUCAGUCGCCAUCAAUAAUUACGGCCGUGGUCACAGAUACCAUGGACCUACUACUAGGUUCAUGGUGAUACAGAUAAUUUGUCAUGUAUUUUUCUGAGAUUCAUUUACUUGGAUUUCCCCAUCACUUUCCGGGCCCACCUGGAAAUACCAGCGUUCCCAGGAAAAUUGGCAAUCGUGACAUUCACAUACUUCGACGAUUGGUGAUUAUUAGGCACGUUGUCGUAGCUUUGAUCACGUCGAUUAGAUUCUGGAGUCGGUGUUGAAUGAAGUAU